AUGAGGCCGAGCGAGGAGACGGCUAACGCACACAACAGCCCCCCCGUUGACAUCACCCUCGGGAGACGAUACGUGUUGAAACGAGAGGCCGGAGACCCAGCUGUCUCAACAGAGGCUUUUCCACUUAAGCGUGUGUGCCCUUGUGUAAAUGGCAAAGUCAGAGCCCGAGGAGAGAGAGAGAGAGAGAGAGAGAGACGGGCGGUGGAAACAGCCGGCGGCCACGUCUACACUCGGCUAUGCGUCGCGUGCGCCGAUAUCAACAACGCCACUGAGUUGGUAAAUGAACACAGAAAGAAGGUGAAAAAACUGAAAACAUGUUUUAUAUUCUUGUUUCUUCAAAAUAGCUCUGAUUACUGUUUUGCACACUCUUGGCAUUCUCUGGAUGAGCUUCAAGAGGUAGUCAAAGUGUACUUUUCCGCACACUCUUGGCAUUCUCUGGAUGAGCUUCAAGAGGUAGUCAAAGUGUACUUUUCCGCACACUCUUGGCAUUCUCUGGAUGAGCUUCAAGAGGUAGUCAAAGUGUACUUUUCCGCACACUCUUGGCAUUCUCCGGAUGAGCUUCAAGAGGUAGUCAAAGUGUACUUUUCCGCACACUCUUGGCAUUCUCCGGAUGAGCUUCAAGAGGUAGUCAAAGUGUACUUUUCCGCACACUCUUGGCAUUCUCCGGAUGAGCUUCAAGAGGUAGUCAAAGUGUACUUUUCCGCACACUCUUGGCAUUCUCUGGAUGAGCUUCAAGAGGUAGUCAAAGUGUACUUUUCCGCACACUCUUGGCAUUCUCCGGAUGAGCUUCAAGAGGUAGUCAAAGUGUACUUUUCCGCACACUCUUGGCAUUCUCUGGAUGAGCUUCAAGAGGUAGUCAAAGUGUACUUUUCCGCACACUCUUGGCAUUCUCUGGAUGAGCUUCAAGAGGUAGUCAAAGUGUACGUUUCCGCACACUCUUGGCAUUCUCCGGAUGAGCUUCAAGAGGUAGUCAAAGUGUACUUUUCCGCACACUCUUGGCAUUCUCUGGAUGAGCUUCAAGAGGUAGUCAAAGUGUACUUUUCCACACACUCUUGGCAUUCUCAGGAUGAGCUUCAAGAGGUAGUCAAAGUGUACUUUUCCGUACACUCUUGGCAUUCUCUGGAUGAGCUUCAAGAGGUAGUCAAAGUGUACUUUUCCGCACACUCUUGGCAUUCUCUGGAUGAGCUUCAAGAGGUAGUCAAAGUGUACUUUUCCGCACACUCUUAGCAUUUUCUGGAUGAGCUUCAAGAGGUAGUCAAAGUGUACUUUUCCGCACACUCUUAGCAUUUUCUGGAUGAGCUUCAAGAGGUAGUCAAAGUGUACUUUUCGCCACACUCUUGGCAUUCUCUGGAUGAGCUUCAAGAGGCAGUCAAGGUGUACUUUUCCGCACACUCUUGGCCUUCUCUGGAUGAGCUUCAAGAGGUAGUCAAAGUGUACUUUUCCGCACACUCUUGGCCUUCUCUGGAUGAGCUUCAAGAGGUAGUCAAAGUGUACUUUUCCGCACACUCUUGGCCUUCUCUGGAUGAGCUUCAAGGUGUGCUUGAAGCUCAGGUGACUACCAGGUGUCGUAACCUCAAGGUUGCUUGACUGCUGGUUUCCCGGCCAAGUGCUUGAGCCUGUUUGCAACCGAACGUGACAUCACUCACGACAAAAGUAUCGAAACAUUGCACCCUUUUGAUUUUACGCGAAUCGGUACACGGCAGUAUGAACGGUACUUAGGUCCAUACCCAUUUUCUAAUUUUCAUAGUUAAAAUUCCGCUUAGGGGCCCAAUUUGUACAUAGAAACCUAAUUAUCUUUUAGAAUUAUUUGAAAAAGUACAAAAUAGGACAUUUUCUACGAGUUUAUUACACAUCCUCGUACAAAACCCAAAACCAGUGAAGUUGGCACGUUGUGUAAAUGGUAAAUAAAAACAGAAUACAAUGGUGAAGCUCAUCAAGAGAAUGCCAAGAGUGUGCAAAGCAGUAAUCAGAGCAAAGGGGGGCUAUUUUGAAGAAACUAGAAUAUAAAACAUGUUUUCAGUUAUUUCACCUUUUUUUUUUUUGUUAAGUACAUAACUCCACGUGUUCAUUCAUAGUUUUGAUGCCUUCAGUGACAAUCUACAAUGUAAAUAGGCAUGAAAAUAUCGAAAGUGUGUCCAAACGUUUGCCCCUUACUGUACAUGUCGGUUAUUUUUCUCACUUUCGGCACUGAAGCGUCAUUAGCAUUAGCAUGAUGCUUCAAAUUGCAUGCUAUUUACGCUUGGUAACACUCGUUUGUGUGUUAAAUUCCCAACUGCAUUGCUCAAGCAUUCAGUGACAAUCUACAAUGUAAAUAGGCAUGAAAAUAAUUAAGGUGUGUCCAAACUUUUGCCCCUUACUGUACAUGUCGGUUAUUUUUCUCACUUUCGGCACUGAAAAGUCAUUAGCAUUAGCAUGAUGCUUCAAAUUACAUGCUAUUUACGCUCUCGUAACACUCGUUUGUGCGUUAAAUUCCCAACUGCAUUGCUCAAGCUUUCAGUGACAAUCUACAAUGUAAAUAGGCAUGAAAAUAACGAAAGUGUGUCCAAACUUUUGCCCCUUACUGUACAUGUCGGUUAUUUUUCUCACUUUCGGCACUGAAGCGUCAUUAGCAUUAGCAUGAUGCUUCAAAUUGCAUGCUAUUUACGCUUCGUAACACUCGUUUGUGCGUUAAAUUCCCAACUGCAUUGCUCAAGCUUUCAGUGACAAUCUACAAUGUAAAUAGGCAUGAAAAUAUCGAAAGUGUGUCCAAACGUUUGCCCCUUACUGUACAUGUCGGUUAUUUUUCUCACUUUCGGCACUGAAGAGUCAUUAGCAUUAGCAUGAUGCUUCAAAUUGCAUGCUAUUUACGCUUGGUAACACUCGUUUGUGCGUUAAAUUCCCAACUGCAUUGCUCAAGCUUUCAGUGACAAUCUACAAUGUAAAUAGGCAUGAAAAUAUCGAAAGUGUGUCCAAACGUUUGCCCCUUACUGUACAUGUCGGUUAUUUUUCUCACUUUCGGCACUGAAAAGUCAUUAGCAUUAGCAUGAUGCUUCAAAUUACAUGCUAUUUACGCUUGGUAACAUUCGUUUGUGUGUUAAAUUCCCAACUGCAUUGCUCAAGCUUUCAGUGACAAUCUACAAUGUAAAUAGGCAUGAAAAUAUCGAAAGUGUGUCCAAACGUUUGCCCCUUACUGUACAUGGCAGUUAUUUUUCUCACUUUCGGCACUGAAAAGUCAUUAGCAUUAGCAUGAUGCUUCAAAUUACAUGCUAUUUACGCUUGGUAACAUUCGUUUGUGUGUUAAAUUCCCAACUGCAUUGCUCAAGCUUUCAGUGACAAUCUACAAUGUAAAUAGGCAUGAAAAUAUCGAAAGUGUGUCCAAACGUUUGCCCCUUACUGUACAUGUCGGUUAUUUUUCUCACUUUCGGCACUGAAAAGUCAUUAGCAUUAGCAUGAUGCUUCAAAUUGCAUGCUAUUUACGCUUGGUAACAUUCGUUUGUGUGUUAAAUUCCCAACUGCAUUGCUCAAGCUUUCAGUGACAAUCUACAAUGUAAAUAGGCAUGAAAAUAAUUAAGGUGUGUCCAAACUUUUAGCCCCUUACUGUACAUGUCGGUUAUUUUUCUCACUUUCGGCACUGAAAGGUCAUUAGCAUUAGCAUGAUGCUUCAAAUUGCAUGCUAUUUACACUUCGUAACACUCGUUUGUGUGUUAAAUUCCCAACUGCAUUGCUCAAGCUUUCAGUGACAAUCUACAAUGUAAAUAGGCAUGAAAAUAUCGAAAGUGUGUCCAAACGUUUGCCCCUUACUGUACAUGGCAGGAACAAGACAGGAAGCUGACAAAAUAAGAGCACUAGACAGGAACUAAGGACAGGAAAUACUAAACUCACUGAGGAGGAACACGGCACUCAGGGAACAAGACAGGAAGCUGACAAAAUAAGAGCACUAGACAGGAACUAAGGACAGGAAAUACUAAACUCACUGAGGAGGAACACGGCACUCAGGGAACAAGACAGGAAGCUGACAAAUUAAGAGUACUUGACAGGAACUAAGGACAGGAAACACUAAACACACUGAGGAGGAACACAGCACUCAGGGAACAAGACAGGAAGCUGACAAAUUAAGAGCACUAAACAGGAACUAAGGACAGGAAAUACUAAACACACUGAGGAGGAACACAGCACUCAGGGAACAAGACAGGAAGCUGACAAAAUAAGAGCACUAGACAGGAACUAAGAACAGGAAAUACUAAACUCACUGAGGAGGAACACGGCACUCAGGGAACAAGACAGGAAGCUGACAAAUUAAGAGCACUAGACAGGAACUAAGGACAGGAAAUACUAAACUCACUGAGGAGGAACACGGCACUCAGGGAACAAGACAGGAAGCUGACAAAAUAAGAGCACUAGACAGGAACUAAGAACAGGAAACAGUAAACACACUGAGGAGGAACACAGCACUCAGGGAACCAGACAGGAAGCUGACAAAAUAAGAGCACUAGACAGGAACUAAGGACAGGAAAUACUAAACACACUGAGGAGGAACACGGCACUCAGGGAACAAGACAGGAAGCUGACAAAUUAAGAGCACUAGACAGGAAAUACUAAACACACUGAGGAGAAUCACAGCACUCAGGGAACAAGACAGGAAGCUGACAAAUUAAGAGCACUAGACAGGAACUAAGGACAGGAAAUACUAAACACACUGAGGAGGAACACAGCACUCAGGGAACAAGACAGGAAGCUGACAAAAUAAGAGCACUAGACAGGAACUAAGGACAGGAAAUACUAAACACACUGAGGAGGAACACGACACUCAGGGAACAAGACAGGAAGCUGACAAAUUAGGAGCACUAGACAGGAACUAAGGACAGGAAAUACUAAACUCACUGAGGAGGAACACAGCAAUCAGGGAACAAGACAGGAAGCUGACAAAAUAAGAGCACUAGACAGGAACUAAGGACAGGAAAUACUAAACUCACUGAGGAGGAACACGGCACUCAGCGAACAAGACAGGAAGCUGACAAAAUAAGAGCACUAGACAGGAACUAAGGACAGGAAAUACCAAACACACUGAGGAGGAACACAGCACUCAGGGAACAAGACAGGAAGCUGACAAAUUAAGAGCACUAGACAGGAACUAAGGACAGGAAAUACUAAACACACUGAGGAGGAACACAGCACUCAGGGAACCAGACAGGAAGCUGACAAAAUAAGAGCACUAGACAGGAACUAAGGACAGGAAAUACUAAACUCACUGAGGAGGAACACGGCACUCAGGGAACAAGACAGGAAGCUGACAAAUUAAGAGCACUAGACAGGAAAUACUAAACACACUGAGGAGGAACACAGCACUCAGGGAACAAGACAGGAAGCUGACAAAAUAAGAGCACUAGACAGGAACUAAGGACAGGAAAUACUAAACACACUGAGGAGGAACACGGCACUCAGGGAACAAGACAGGAAGCUGACAAAUUAAGAGCACUUGACCGGAACUAAAAGACAGGAAAUACUAAACACAGGAAACAGACAAAUGCAGAGGAAAAAACUAAAACAUAGAUAAAUUGUCAGGGGCAAGCCUGACAAAGCUACUGUCCAUUUUCCGGAUAGCACAGCAAGAUUUAGCUACAUUAGCUCGGAUUUCAGCGGCUUAAGCGAUUCAACAGAUUACGCAUGUAUUUAAACGGAUGGUUGCAGUAUGGAGGCAGAUAGCGAAAACGAAAUUGAAGAAGAAACCGAAGCUGUUGACUCUAUUCAGCCAUGUCUGCCUUAGCAUCGCCGGUAAAAUCAUUCAAGGUUAUCGUCACACUUUGUAUUAAGCAAAAAACAACAAAAAAAAACAUCUAAUAACAUAAUACAAUCAAUCAAUCAAUCAAUUUUUACUUAUAUAGCCCUAAAUCACUAGUGUCUCAAAGGGCUGCACAAACCACUACGACAUCCUCGGUAGGCCCACAUAAGGGCAAGGAAAACUCACACCCAGUGGGACGUCGGUGACAAUGAUGACUAUGAGAACCUUGGAGAGGAGGAAAGCAAUGGAUGUCGAGCGGGUCUAACAUGAUACUGUGAAAGUUCAAUCCACAAUGGAUCCAACACAGUCGCGAGAGUCCAGUCCAAAGCGGAUCCAACACAGCAGCGAGAGUCCCGUUCACAGCGGAGCCAGCAGGAAACCAUCCCAAGCGGAGGCGGAUCAGCAGCGCAGAGAUGUCCCCAGCCGAUACACAGGCGAGCAGUACAUGGCCACCGGAUCGGACCGGACCCCCUCCACAAGGGAGAGUGGGACAUAGAAGAAAAAGAAAAGAAACGGCAGAUCAACUGGUCUAAAAAGGGAGUCUAUUUAAAGGCUAGAGUAUACAAAUGAGUUUUAAGGUGAGACUUAAAUGCUUCUACUGAGGUAGCAUCUCGAACUGUUACCGGGAGGGCAUUCCAGAGUACUGGAGCCCGAACGGAAAACGCUCUAUAGCCCGCAGACUUUUUUUGGGCUUUGGGAAUCACUAAUAAGCCGGAGUCCUUUGAACGCAGAUUUCUUGCCGGGACAUAUGGUACAAUACAAUCGGCAAGAUAGGAUGGAGCUAGACCGUGUAGUAUUUUAUACGUAAGUAGUAAAACCUUAAAGUCACAUCUUAAGUGCACAGGAAGCCAGUGCAGGUGAGCCAGUACAGGUAUAUAUGUAUGUAUAUAUGUAUAUAAAGGUAUAUACAGUACAGGCGUAAUGUGAUCAAACUUUCUUGUUCUUGUCAAAAGUCUAGCAGCCGCAUUUUGUACCAACUGUAAUCUUUUAAUGCUAGACAUGGGGAGACCCGAAAAUAAUACGUUACAGUAAUCGAGGCGAGACGUAAUAUAUUCUUUUAGAUCUUAAAUGUAGAUCAACAUAAUUUCUCCGUUUUUUUCUUCUGGCUACAUCAGUUUUGUGGCCAGUGGAGUAACAAUAUUGCCAGUCAUGGUUACUGUUUAGAGUGGAUCGUGAGAUCGACAGGCGGAUCGGUGCGGCGUCUUCAGUAAUGCGGACGUUGUACCGAUCCGUUGUGGUGAAGAAGGAGCUGAGCCGGAAGGCAAAGCUCUCAAUUUACCGGUCGAUCUACGUUCCCAUCCUCACCUAUGGUCAUGAGCUUUGGGUCAUGACCGAAAGGAUAAGAUCACGGGUACAAGCGGCCCAAAUGAGUUUCCUGGCUCUCCCUUAGAGAUAGGGUGAGAAGCUCUGCCAUCCGGGAGGAACUCAAAGUAAAGCCGCUGCUCCUUCACAUAGAGAGGAGCCAGAUGAGGUGGUUCGGGCAUCUGGUCAGGAUGCCACCCAAACGCCUCCCUAGGGAGGUGUUUAGGGCACGUCCAACCGGUAGGAGGCAACGGGGAAGACCCAGGACACGUUGGGAAGACUAUGUCUCCCGGCUGGCCUGGGAACGCCUCGGGAUCCCCCGGGAAGAGCUAGACGAAGUGGCUGGGGAGAGGGAAGUCUGGGGUUUCCCUGCUUAGGCUGUUGCCCCCGCGACCCGACCUCGGAUAAGCGGAAGAUGAUGGAUGGUUGCUGUUUAGCCAGUUUUUACACAAGUUUAGUUGGCAAUAUAAAGCAGAGAAAGCCCUGCUGGCCACAAAACAGAGAAAGGACAGGAAGAGUCGGGAAAAAAUUAAUGUGCACAUUCAUUUUACAAUUGACUAAAAUAGGAUUUUUCUUCCGCCCUUAGUCCCCAUCGUCCCGCAUUCGGCCUCGUCUACGCGUCAGGGAGCAAUACUUGGCCCCGAUGAUGAGUCCGGCCGAAGCUUACGAUGACAUCAAAACCACGGUAAAGAAAACCCUCGCAUGUAGGCUCCACACAAACCAAAAACAAGACAGGCCAAAAGAAAAGGUGAGACAUCACACGGCAAGCAUUGGAGUUGAGGUGUCGGACAGAGUGCGUCAUGACAGGAGACGGGAAGGAAGUAAUGAGCCCAUAGGCAGGACCAGCUGCGGGCUUGCAGGGAGGAAAGGCGAUGGAAAAGAUGAAAAGGCAAAGAAAAUAAGACGUUUGAGGGAAGACAGCUUGAUGAUGGUGUCUUUGAUGGGCGCCGGGACCUCAAAUGACCAUCUUUUUUUAAAGGAAUUAAAUACAUACUGACUGCAAAAACAGACAAAAAUAAA